AUGACGAGGGUGUCGUUGUGUAGGAAAUCAAGGUUGAUCAAUUCUUUCUUCUGGAAGCCUAUCACGAGAUUGUCUUCAAUUGAUGGGAGGCUGCCCAUACUCGUCAGAAUUGAACAGGAUCGUGUUAAUCCUUAUGACUUUCUAGGGAGGUUCCUUGGCUGCAUUGCAGUCCUCAAUCUGCUGGAUGGCCUUCUUUGCUACGAAUUCUAUGCAAUUGCCUUCUCUCACCAGUUCUUUGAGGUGUAUUUGCCAAGCAAAGCAAUCAUUAGUGUAAUGUGUGUGCGUCCCAUGGAAGGCACAGUACCUUCUGAUAUCCCUCUUGGCCGGAUCUCCCUUCAAGAAGGGUGGUCUCUUCACCCAAGGCUUGUCCUUCACUUGGGCGAAAAUUUGAUGCAUGGGAUGGAGGACUUGGUGUAG